AUGAGGAAUGGGCCGCGCGAUGACAAUCGUCCCCGCGAUGGCGAACAGGAUAACCAGGAAUACGGCGAAGACAGACCCCAGGGAAUGGAUCCCGAUGGUGUUAUUGAGAGCAAUUGGGAUGAAAUUGUCUCCAAUUUCGAUGACAUGAACCUCAGAGAAGAAUUGCUGAGAGGUAUCUAUGCUUACGGUUUUGAGAAGCCGUCAGCCAUUCAACAGAGAGCUAUCAUUCCCUGUAUUAAAGGAAUGGAUGUGAUAGCUCAGGCGCAGUCGGGAACCGGCAAAACUGCCACCUUUUCGAUCGCUAUUCUCCAACAAAUCGAUACAUCACUUAACGAAUGUCAGGCCCUUAUACUGGCGCCGACCCGCGAGUUGGCCCAACAGAUCCAGAAAGUGGUGUUGGCUUUGGGCGAC